UGCAAUUGCUUUCUGUCCAUCUUUGGAUGCUUUGUAUUGCCCACAAAGAAAACUCCCCCUAAAUCAAAUAUCCAUUUUUCUCUGCCGAUCUAUCGGUUCCACCGUUUCUUUUUUCUCCCAAUCUCUCACACACACACACACACAAACACAUAUAUAUAUAUAUAGAUAUAAAAAGCUAUUAAUAAAUGGGUAGUAUGCAAACAUGGCGGAAAGCCUAUGGCGCUCUCAAAGAUCAAACUACUGUUGGUUUAGCCCACGUCAAUUCCGAUUUCAAGGAAGUUGAUGUUGCAAUUGUUAAAGCUACUAAUCAUGUUGAAUGUCCACCCAAAGAAAGACACAUCAGAAAGAUAUUGGCGUAUACGUCUGCGAUUAGGCCGAGAGCCGAUGUGCAGUACUGUUUACAUGCUUUAGCUAGGAGAUUAGCCAAGACCCGUAACUGGACGGUAGCAUUGAAGACACUGAUAGUUAUCCACAGGACAUUAAGGGAGGGUGAUCCUACAUUCAGGGAAGAACUUCUAAAUUUUCAACAGAGAGGGCGUGUUCUUCAACUAGCUAAUUUCAAGGAUGAUUCAAGCCCCAUUGCUUGGGAUUGUUCUGCCUGGGUGCGCACAUAUGGCCUUUUCUUAGAAGAACGACUUGAGUGCUUCAGAAUUCUGAAGUAUGACAUUGAAGCUGAGCGAAUCCCUAGACCAGCUCAAGGUCAAGAUAAUAAGGGUUAUAGCAAAACGAGGGAUCUAGAAAGUGAAGAACUAUUGGAACAACUGCCUUCUUUACAGCAGCUACUAUAUCGUCUUAUGGGAUGCAGGCCUGAGGGUGCAGCUGUUGGCAAUUAUUUGAUUCAAUACGCGUUGGCAUUGGUACUUAAAGAGAGUUUUAAAAUCUACUGUGCUGUCAAUGAUGGAAUCAUCAAUCUUAUCGAUAAGUUUUUCGAGAUGCCAAGACAUGAAGCUAUCAAAGCCUUGGAUAUAUACAAAAGAGCUGGUCAGCAGGCUGGAAGUCUUUCUGACUUUUAUGAAGUUUGCAAAGGACUGGAGCUUGCUAGAAAUUUCCAAUUUCCUGUUCUUAGAGAGCCUCCACAAUCUUUUCUUGCAACAAUGGAAGAGUAUAUAAGAGAGGCGCCAAGGUUGGUUGCUGGGCCCACACAGAUUGAAUAUCCAGAAAGGCUUAUGUUGACAUAUAAACCAGAAGAAGAUACCUCACCUCAUGAAGAAGAUGCAGUGUCACCAGUUGAUGAAGCCAAAGCACAGCCUACAGAUGACUUCAUAGCUUCAAAUGAUGUUCCCGAGCCUACACAACCGGCUCCCCCACCAACUUUUAACAGCAGAGACCCUGAUGAUUUAUUGGGACUAAACUUUGAUGUGCCUCAAGGAUCAGCUAUUGAGGAAAGUAAUGCACUAGCUCUUGCCAUUGUUCCUUCUGAUACUACAUCUUCUGGAUCUGCUUUUCAAGCAAAAGAUUUUGAUCCAUCUGGUUGGGAACUUGCUCUGGUCACCACUCCUAGUACUGAUAUCUCUUCGGUCCAGGAUAGGCAACUGGCUGGUGGAUUGGACUCGCUCACACUGAACAGUUUAUAUGAUGAAGGAGCAUAUAGAGCCUCCCAGCAACCUGUGUAUGGAUCUCCAGCACCUAACCCGUUUGAAUCUGCUGAUCCGUUUAUGUCGGGCCCAUCGGCUCAAACUCAAAUGACACCCUACCAGGCAAACCCCACAUCGUAUCAGGCCAACCCCACACCAUACCAGGCAAACCCCUUCGGUCCAUAUCAACCAUCUGCCACUUACGGAUCUCCACAGCCACAACAGAAUCUGAUGAUGGCCCCACCAAACCCUUUUGUCGAUUCAGGGUUUGGUGCGUUUCCAGUCAACAAUGGUGCUCAUCCCCAAACAAGCAAUCCAUUUGGACCAACCUUAUUAUAAUACAAUCGUGAUCUAUGUUCAAAAUUUGAAGAAAAAAGAACUAAAGAAGUAACUUUGGUAGUAUAUAUGAUGAGGUAUUUGUUGUGAUUUUGAAUUCGAUCAAGAAAUAGAUGAAAUAUUCUUGUUAGUCAUAAGAUUUCUGCGAGUCGUAAGUAGUUGUAAUCCGCGACUCACUCUUGGUUGAUAAUAUGGUCAUGUGAUUUGCUUGUAAACAUGCUACUGCUUCUUGUGUCAAUUCACAUCUUGCUUUCUUUU